AUGGGCUCCAUCGCAGAACAAACGCCCUCCUCUCAAGGCAAUCUCACCGGCAAAGUAGCCCUAGUAACCGGUUCCGGUCGCGGUAUCGGCGCAGCCAUGGCAAUUGCACUGGGCAAAAGAGGUGCGAAAGUCAUCGUCAACUACGCGAAAUCCUCUGGACCGGCGGAAAUGGUGGUGCAAGAGAUCAUCAAGUCUGGUUCUCAAGCCGUGAAGAUCCAAGCGGACGUUAGUAAAGUCCAGGAAAUUGAACGGUUGUUUGAGGAAGCUGGUCGGCCUUUUGGGAAGCUGGAUAUUGUUUGCUCUAAUGCGGGAGUUGUGAGUUUUGGACAUUUGUUGGAUGUUACUGAGGAAGAAUUCGACCGAGUAUUCAGCACCAAUACCCGUGGACAAUUCUUCGUCGCGCGAGAAGCAUACAGACAUAUCCGCGAAGGGGGACGCAUCAUCCUCAUGAGCUCCAACACAGCCACGACCUUCACCGUACCAAACCACUCACUCUACUCCGCCUCCAAAGGCGCCAUCAACACUUUUGUGAGAUGUCUUGCGAAAGAUUGUGGCGGGAAAAAAAUCACUGUCAAUGCGGUGGCUCCUGGGGGGAUUGUGACCGAUAUGUUCCACGCUACGGCCAAGGAUUACCUACCGAAUGCAGAUAGCAUGACGGAGAAACAGAUUCUUGAUAUCGUAGCUGGCGUGUCGCCUUUGACUAGGUGUGGCUAUCCGGAAGAUAUUGCAAAGGUUGUUUGUUUUUUGGCUUCGGAGGAGUCGGAAUGGAUUAAUGGUAAAGUCCUUGGGAUUGAUGGAGGCGCUGCAUGA